AUGGCUUUGACUCCUAUCCGAAUCACUGCGCUCCGGCAUUCUGCGUUCUACUCGCCCCUGCUGUACACUAUCAAGAGUGGCCUUUUGCAGUCACAGGGCUUGGAGCCGCACUAUGAGCCGGGUACUCCGAGCAACCCUGCCCUGGAACAGGUGAGGAAUGGCACAGCCCAUCUGUCGCAGCUGGCGGUUGCAGCCAGCUUUGCGGAACUGGAGAAGGGCACGAAGCAACCGGACAUAGUCCAUUUCGCGCAGAUAAAUGCGCGAGACGGCUUCUUCCUCUGCCGACGUGGCUCUGGAACGGGCUUCGAUUGGCGUGAGCUUGAGAACAAAAAGGUCUUGGUCGACCACCUCUUCCAGCCCUUGGCAACGAUAAAGUAUGCUUGUCACCUGAAGAAGGUCGACUAUUCGCGCAUUCAAGUCGUGGAUGCAGGUGAUCCUGUGUCCAUGGAGCAGGCAUUCAGAGAUGGCCAAGGAGACUACGUUCACUUGCAAGGUCCAGCUGCCCAACUACUGGAGCACGAUGGUGUAGGUGUCGUGGUGGCUUCGUUGGGUGAAGCUCUUGGGCCCAUUGCUUUCAGCUCGCUUUGCGCCCGUCGAAGCUGGUUGAACUCUGACAUGGCCAAAGCCUUUCUGAGGGCUUAUCGUGAAGGUUGCCGGCAAACUGCAGAAACAUCACCUGAGAAAGUGGCGGAGGUGGUCCAGCCAUUUUUCGACGAUAUCGACCGGAACGUGUUGGUGUCGACAAUCUCGACCUACCAGCAGAUGGGUUGGAUCAGAUGCAGACAUUGGGCCAGGUCCUUGAAGAGGGACCAUGAGACCGACUUGCCGGUACAGGUUCUUGAGGCACGGUGUGCUCCGCGCCUGCAGCACCUGGAUGUGCAACUGCCGGAGCAUGAUCCCAACGAUCUUGAAAACCAUCUCCUCCAGGUGUCUUUGACUGUUUUCCAGUUGCUGCGCAGCACAUUCGGGGAUACCGCGGUGCAAGCGCUGGAUGGCUUCGUUUCUCGAACAGGCCGGAAGAUGAUAAACGAGAUGUUGGAGCGCACGAUAUCUCAAUCGUCUUUCUGUCCUCCCUCGAACUAUUCGUCCGGGGAGAUAGGAGCCAUCGCUGCGCCUGCGGGGGUGGGAUCUGGUGCGUUCCUCUCGGUGACGCUGGUCUUGUUCAUGGCUCCUUUGCUGCCUUUCUGCACCUGCCGGCUGACGUCGCAUGACCUGGACGGCUCCACCGCGAGCAACCUCAGAAGGCCGAUAGAAGGAGCUUCACCAGAUCUCGACCUGCAGGACUUUGCUCAGACACCAGAGCAAUGCUCAAGCUUCGGCACGGGCUGUGAAAGGUUCAGCCGAGGUUUGGGAUGGCAACCUGGUGUGUCACCGUCUCUUCGGUGCGGCAUUUUAUCAGGCAUCGCUGGUACAACUCUCCUCUUUGUGUACGCAUCGGUGACGCCAGGAAUACUACUGUCAGGUAGCUUCACGGCCUCUGGUGGCUCAUCCGACACCCGGCACAUGGCGUCCCUCUCCAUGGACAACAGCUUGGUGCAGACCUGGAGCGUAGGGUCGUACUUCGUGUUCUGCGCGAUGUUGAUCUUCAGCGUGGUCUGGCCCUACAUCAAGCUUUUGAUGAUGCUGUAUGUCUGGGUGAGGCCCAUCGAGCAGCAGACCCUGGGUCCUCUGCUGGUCUUCUUGGACCAGAUAGGGAAGUGGUCGCUUAUGGACAACAUCAUCUUGUUUCUCUUCGUCGUCUUCUUCCACAUUGCCUGGACGGGCGAGGACAUUGUGGGAGGUGGGCAGGCCAAGUUCGGCUUGAAGUGCAGCCCGGAAGAUGAGCUCAACACCUUCCUUGCGGCCACCAUCCUGUCCCUACUUCUGGGCCAUGCCAUGCUCUGGAUACACCGGGCCAACGAGAAGACGAGCCCAGGCCCAGAGGAAGCUGUGCUUCAGUCCGGCCAGCCGUCUUCUCGACGCUUGCGGGUAAUAGGUGCGGGCCAUGUGGUGUGCUUUCUGCUGAUGGUUCUCUCGUGGCAGGUGGAAAUUGUUGAAGUCACCUUCAGUGGCCUCGUCGGAGCGUUUUUGGAGGUGACGCAGCAAGAAACCUCCAAGAGAUACAGCAUUCUGGGGAUCCUUGCCUGUUUGGGAGCGCAGGGCUCGAUGUACCUGCAGGUGACUUUUGCAGUUUUUGUGCUAGCCAUCCCUAUGCUUCAGCUGCUGGCAAUGACAUUCUUCUGCCUGCAUCAGCUGCGCCCAAAGCGUCGGCAGCAGUUUCUUCGUUUAUGCUAUACCUUGCGAGCUUGGGCUGCUUAUGACGUCUUCCUCAUCGCCUUCCUUGCCGCAGUUCUGGGCGGCGACAGGUAUGGCAUCGGCCAGUUUAUCGAGUCGCUCCCUCAGACUUUCAGCCUCAGCAGCAUGAGGAUGGUCUCAAGUUCUGCGUUGGUUUUCGUUUUUACAUGA